AUGGGAACCAUCUUUAGUAUCUGAUUUGACGCUGCCUCGGCUGGAUCGUCAAGGCGUGAAAUUUAGCGCUGCACACUCUGCCCAAAUUUUGCAUGAGGUUUCCCUCAACUACUGAACUUUAGUGAAGUAUGGCGGAAUCAACUGGGUCCCAUCAAUAUGGUAAUAUUAUUCUUGCUCACAGAAGUGGGACGAGCACUGGAAACCUGAAAGUGAGCAGCAGUGGCUUGACUUGGAAGAAGGCGGGAGCAGGAAAGACCGUGGAAAUUCAACAGGGAGAUAUCGAAGGCUUCGUAUGGAGCAAAACUUCUCGAGGUUGCCAACUGGCAGUGAAGAAGAGCUCAGGCCCCAUGGUCCAAUUUCUCGGGUUCAUUGACAAGGAUCUAACGGCCCUUCGAGGAGUGGCAUCAGUCAUGAACAAGGAGAUUGAGGAGCAAGCUCUGUCCAUCAGCGGGCGCAACUGGGGAGGUGCCACAGUUGAGGAGGGGACCCUGGUGUUCCGGGUUGGCAACAAGCCUGCCUUCCGGAUACCCUUGAGGGAUGUGGGCCAGGUGCAGCUGGGCAGGGAGGAGGUGACUCUGGAGUUCCCUGUGGACGACACAGCGGGUGGGGACAAUGAGGAUGCGCUGACAGACAUGGUGUUCUACGUGCCAAGGGAGGCCACGGGCUUUGUUGAAGACGGCGAGGAUCAGGCAGCCAAGGUGAUGUACGACCAAGUGUUGGAGCACACAGACGCUGGAGUCGCCACAGAAGACGCGGUGGUCACAUUCGACAGCCUGGCUGUGCUCAUCCCUCGCGGCCGCUUUGAUGUCGAGCUGUACCCGAGCUUCAUGAAGCUGCUUGGACAGGCCCAGGAUUUCAGGAUCCAGUACGACUCCAUCUUGCGGCUGUUUGUGCUGCCCAAGACCAACACGCCCCACACCCUGGUGGUGGUUUCACUGGACCCGCCCAUCCGCAAGGGCCAGACCCACUACUACCACAUCCUGGUGCAGUUCCCCUCUGACGAAGAGCGCCAGAUUGAGCUGGAACUCUCUGACGAAGCCUUGGCAGCCAAGAAUGAGAAGUGUGGAGGCAAGCUGCAGAAGACGCUGGAAGGGCCAGCCUAUGAUGUCUUUGCCAAGGCGCUUCGAGGCUUGUCCGGUUGCAAGCUGACCAAGCCUGGCACCUUCCGGACUGCAGAUGAGGCUGGCUUCGCUGUCAGAUGCUCCUACAAGGCGGAUGAUGGGUAUCUGUACCCCUUGGAGAGGGCGUUCUUCUACAUCCACAAGCCGCCCACACUGCUGGUGCACGACGAGAUCGAGAGCAUCGAGUUCAUGCGGCAAGGCGGCGGCGUGCUGGCCGCAUCUGCCAAGACCUUCGACCUCAACAUCCGCAUGAAGACCGACAACAAACCGGAGUACCUGUUCCGGGGUAUCCAGAAGUCGGAGUGGCAGAACCUGUUCAGCUUCAUCCAGGCCAAGCGGCUGCGCAUCGAGAAUCUGCGCGAGGCCGAGCUGGGCCCGGCCGGCGGCGGCACCGCGCUCGACCUCGGCGACGACAUUGACACAGGCCUGGCGCAGAUGGAGGCGCACGGCGACCUGGACGAUGACAGCGAGGAGGACGCCGACUUUGACGCCGGAGCAGACAGCGGCGCUGGAGAGGACGACGACGACAGCGGCAUGUCUGAUGACGAGGACGAGGAGACAGAGACAAAGAAGAAGGUGGCCAAGGCCCCCAAGGCCAAGGCAGAGCCCAAGCCCAAGGCAGAGCCAAAGAAGAGAAAGCCGGCCCCAGCCAAGAAGGACGACAAGAAGAAGAAGGCAAAGAAGGAUCCCAAUGCCCCCAAAAAGGCCCUCAGUGCCUUCAUGUUCUUUUCCAGUGCCAAGAGGGACGAGGUGAAGAAGGAGAAUCCCGACAUCAGCUUUGGUGAGGUUGGAAAGGCGCUCGGCGACAAGUGGAAGAACAUCAGCGCCACGGAGAAGGCCAAGUACGACGAGAUGGCCAAGAAGGACAAGGUGAGGUAUGCCAAGGCAAAGGAGGCGUAUGAGAGCAAGAAGAAGGAUGAGGAGGAGCCCAAGGAGGAGGAAGACGAAGAUGACGAGGCAGAUGAUGAUGAGGAAGACGAGGACUGAGUGUCUAUUCAGUCCUGCAGCCGCUGCGCUGCCACGGCAGCCUGAGUCCACUCUCACGGCAGCAAUACUGACGGGCCCUGUUACAUCGCCGUGCCCACUUGCGCUGCUCAAUAGACACUGUGGUAGAGUGGUGGUGGUGCUGAGAGGGGCAGCAGACUUUGUGUGAAGUUGGGUGGUUGAUGACGAACAGUGCAAGCCUGGAACACAAGUGAUCCGCACACGGAAACCUCUCGAGCAUAACCAUGCCUGUUCAUAAGCUCAAACGUCUGAGACAGCCCGCCCGCAUUGCUGCAGUGCAGCUACAGUUUGUCAGCAGUAGGUGUGGUUUAGUAUGCCUAUUGUUUGUGCUGUACAGCAUGUGCUCCCUUGCCAGACCGAAUAAAGCGCAUGAUGCUUUUUGACAGCCUCUGAGAGCAAGGGAGGCUGAUAUGAGCUCCGGUGAAACAAGUGCCUUCAGAAAGGAACUCGUGACGUGUAAUACUGACCGAGGAAUGAGACACUAACUUCGGAACUUGGCAUGCAUUCCAUCAGCAUGCAUUGAAGGAGGUUACGGCGUGUAACGGUCUUCUGUAACCGUCAUAUGUAGGUGCU